AAGGAAAAAACAGACAUGAAGUCAGACGCAGAGAUGGGGGACCGUCACCGGCGGACCCGGAGACUCGGCAGCCUCACCGUCACCAAGUCCCGGGUCUCCAAGGAGACGAAGCUCCGGCUGCGCGUGGUCUUCCUGGAUGACAGCGAGCGCACGUUCGAGGUGGAGCAAAAGGUUUUAGGAGGCGACUUCUUCAACAAAGUGUGCGGCCAUCUGAAGCUGCUGGAGAAGGAGUACUUCGGACUGGAGUUCCGACACCACGGCGGCAACUACGUGUGGUUGGAGCUGCUGAAGCCGCUGGCCAAACAGAUCACAUACACCAGCGACCUGUUCUUCAGGUUUAUAGUCAAGUUCUUUCCACCUGAUCCUGGACAACUUAAGAGAGGCCUCACCAGGUAUCUUUUUGCCUUACAGAUGAAGCAGGACUUGUGUCACGGCAGUCUGACCUGUAAUGACAACAGCGCCGCCCUGCUGGUCUCUCACAUACUGCAGUCAGAGCUAGGGAACUAUGACGAGGAGCUGGACAGUCACCAUUUAGAGAUGAAGCAGUACGUCCCCAACCAGGAAUAUCUAGACCACAAGAUCACCAAGUUUCACAGGAAACACAGAGGGGCGUCUCCAGGAGACUCAGACAUCCACCUGCUGGAGGUGGCGAGGAAGCUGGACAUGUACGGCAUCAGGCCUCACCCUGCUCACGACGGGGAGGGAAUGAGGCUCAACUUGGCUGUAACACACUCCGGUGUCCUGGUCUUUCAGGGAAACACCAAAAUCAACACGUUCAGCUGGGCCAAGAUCCGCAAGCUGAGCUUCAAGCGCAAACAUUUCCUCAUCAAACUAUACGACACAGUUGGGCCGUCUUGUAAGGACACACUCGAGUUCUCCAUGGCCAGUCGAGAUGUGUGUAAGUGCUUCUGGAAGACGUGCGUAGAGUACCACGCCUUCUUCAGGCUGGCCGAGGAACCGAACACGAUACACAAGACACUGCUGUCCUGUAAAGGCUCCAGCUUCAGAUACAGCGGACGGACGCAGAAACAGCUGCUGGAGUGUAUGGGAUCAGGGGAGAAGAAGCCUUCGCACUUUGAGAGGACUUACUGCCAGUCGGACUACGAUCCCCGACAGUGUCGCUCUUCUCCUGAUCUCCUCACAGACGUCUCCAAACAAAUGUACGAGCACUCCCACCUGUUCACCCGGUCGGGUCAUAAGUUGGCGGGCUGCAGUCAGGAUGAGUUGGACCCACAUCACCGAGGCGUAGACAACAUGGAAAUCAGUGUAGAAGGUGCUAAACGCAGCCAAUCAUCCGUCGAGGUCACCCAGAGGACCUGCCCUCUCAUACAAGUCACUCCCCUCUCUCCAUCUCUACACCCAUCAAGCCCCUCGUCCAAGAUAAGAUCUGCCUCCACAUCUGUGUUUGAGGACAUGAGGGGGGGACGGAUCGGGACCCAGCGCCAAGCCCAAAGGCUAGCCGGCGUCUAUGGCAACCGCUCACGCCGUCGGCCCAAUCCCCAGCCGCACCCGGAUGCUGCUCAGCAGCUGGUUCUUCUCUACCCAAACACACCUGCCUACCAGUAUCACCCCACCCUCCCAACAUUCCCAUUAGCUGGUUCCUCGCCUCUCAAUCGACACCCGUACUUGUCAGACUACGUUACCGUUUCCUCACUGGAGCGUUUCCCGCAGCCAAGGAGGCGGGAUUAUGUGACAAUGGAUGGCCUAUCGCGACCGCCUUUCUAUCCGCUAAGUCACGAUUUGCCAUCCCUGUCGCCAAUCAGGAGGAACUUCCGCCCCUCAGGAUCAGGCGGGCUCGGAUUGGCUCGGGUUUACCAACCGGGAAGCAACGGAGCGAGGCUCUUGGGCGUUAGACAUACGGAGGCGGGGCAUUACAGCGACGACUCCAACUUCCUCCCUGGGCUGCCUCGCCGUGUGGCUAGCCAACCAGAUGUCAAGUUUCACCUCUCAAGGAGUUCAAACCCCGACUUUGACCCCGCUUCUGAGUUCCGUCCCCUUGGUUACUACCCCCACCUGACACGCCCCUCAAGACCCACCUACCUCCCGCUAAACUCCUCCCCUCUGCCCGAUCGACCCGCCUCCCUAUGCAUGAUUGGAGGCACCAGAAGCAGCUACAGCGACUCGGACCCAGAGGUUUUCUAUCCGUAUUACUGCCCUCCACCCCCGCGGGGGAAAGUGGUAUGGCCCCCUGGACUGGCCAGGAUGAGGUUCUCCUCCGGGAGCCUCCAACUGGACGAGGAGGAGGAAGAGGAGGCUGGAGCAGCGAAAGCAAAAAAGGAGUUUCUGGGUGAAGAGGAGAAGAAAGAAAAGACAGGAGGCGGCGACGGGACUAAAGGUGCUCGGAUGAUUACUGAAGUCACACUGUAGAUAAAGACCAAAACCAAGGUUCAUGAUGUGAUCACACUCGAAAC